AUAUACCUCGUCUUUCAUUGAGACUUGGAUCUCCAACGAUUUCAUUAACUACUCUCCAGGAAGGUAAUGAUAUUUAUUUUGACUGUGAAAUCGAUUCAAAUCCUCAUAUCAAUCGUCCAAUCGUUUGGCGUUUCAAUGGUGAUAUACUUCACUCCCAGCAUGGAGUGAUACAAAGUAAUCAAACUUUGGUACUUCAACGUGUUUCUCGUAAGCAAAGUGGUACUUAUCAGUGUGAAGCGGGAAACAAUCAAGGAACUGCGCUAAGCAAUACAAUCAAUUUAACCAUCAGAUAUGCUCCAUUUUGUCGUAAUGAAAAUAUUUUAGUCUAUGGAGUCGCUCUUCAUGAAACCAUUUAUCUUGAAUGUGAUGUAGAUGCGAAUCCAUCUCGUGUCUCUUUCCAAUGGAAACAUCAAUACAAUUCAGAGUUAUUACCAUUUAACAUAGUUAAUGACACAAGAUCAACCUUAAGCUACUCACCCCAUGAGCCUAAUGAUUACGGUAAAAUUGACUGUAUUGCCAAAAAUGAAGUAGGACUUCAACAGCGAGCUUGUACUUUCCAUAUAACAUCAUCAGAUCCUCCUAAUUUAUCAUUUAGAUGCCGAGUUGCCAAUCAAAGUGAAGAUUCACUUAUGGUUCACUGUUUACCCGAUGUAAGAGUUAAUUAUACUCAUGAAGAGAUUAAAUUGGGAGAUGAUUCUAAUCCAUCCAGAGGAUUAUUCAUUUAUCCAGCUUCGUUUUUCAUUUGUCAAGUUUAUCGGAAAAAUGAACAAUAUCCUAUCGCCAAUGUAUCACAACCUUUAACUGUUCCAUAUCAAUCACAUUCAUAUGAAAUUAAUCUAAUGCAUCACAAUGAGAUCAAAUUUUUAGUAAAUAAUUUAAUUCCAGAGACAAGUUAUCGUAUCAAAUGUUUUUCACUUCACUCUCGUGGCUCAUCCCAAGUAAUGUGGUUAACCGGUGAAACCUCACAACCAGCACAGAAAUUGAUUGGAAAUGGUCGAGCAAAUCUGUUGACAGUCAAUGGACGUAAUAUAUUCACUGGUAAACCAAUGUUAAUAGCCUUAUUAUUGGGAAUCAUUGUCGUCACCCUGAUACUCAUCUCACUUGGUAUCAUUGCCAUAAUCCGUGUCCGUCGUACCCAUAGACAUGUUAUCGGUUUAACUCGACCUGAUACUGAUAAUACACAACUUCCCCCGGGUGGAACCAUGUUUGAUGAAGCUGAAGAGGUUUGUUGCUGUGAUGAUGAGUGUUGUGAUGAGAUGCUUUUAACAACCACAACGGUCCAACAGCAAGAACAACGAGCCAAUCAAUUUAACACUCUUGAUUCAAAUGGUACUGCUAAAGGUCCACCUGAUAUAAUACCUUCAAUUGGCUAUUGUUCAAGUAAAAGUAAAAACGACGAGAACAAAUUUAUCUCAUCCUAUGAUCCUGAUAAAUAUGAAAUUGCUCAAGGAAUUACACUGGAACCAAUAUCAAUUGUUAGGAAUUCUUCAUCCAAAAGUACAUUGGACCGCAAGAAUACCGUUGAAUUCAAAAGUAAAUCUGAGAUAACUAAAGCAACUCGAGUUGAUCUAAUCGGAGGAAGUCCAAAAUUUGAGUCGACAGUGUGAACAUAGAAGCCAAUUCAAUCAAACAGUUCAAUAAUCAGGAGUAUUAGUGUAAACGAUGGUCAGAAUCAAAUGGAUAAUCCUUCAAGUUCAAUCAUCUGCAAUUUCCUCUAAUCACUAUGAAAAUACCAGUUCAAGAACUUUUAUCAAGACCAUUGGAAUACUUUAAAUUAGCAAUGUUCGAAUCUGUGAAAAGCCUUUUCCUCACCCAAAAACUGGAAUCCAUUCGACAAUGAAAACUGAUUGUGAUAUUAUGCAGAUACAAGAAAUAACUUAUAUAUACAACAACAGAAUAGUUCAACAGAAAUAUUGAUUAUUCGAUCAAUUUAUCAUUAAUAACUGAAUAAUUGCUUGUUCAUCUAAAACUAGGGUCUUCCAUCAAUACUAUAGUUAGAAUCAUUGACAAUAACGGACUAUCACAAUUCUAUGAAUGAUCUAUGAGUAGAAUCUGAUCAAAGGAAAUGACCAGAAAAUUGUCUAAUUAACGUGAAACAAUUUUCCGAGAUUCAGAACUCUCAGAUUAAUUGGCUAUCGAAAAACUUUUUUUCAUCAACAACAGUUUUUACCUUUUAAUUUUUUUUUAAUUUUUCUUUUCAAUACUAAUAUUAGAUCAGUUAUCAGAUUUUUUUACAUCAUUUGGUAUUCACCCAGAUCACAAUGAACAUUAUCGUUAUAAUUGUCCAUUUAUCCUUUUUGUUACAUGGUUACUACUGUUAGCUAAUUACUAUUACAUCAAAGAGCAACUCUGUGAUAAAACAAUUAAGAUAAUUUUCAUUUAUAAAACUUUGAAUUUUAAACUUUUAUUAUGUAAAAAUUUGACAAAAAAAACUCAUACAAAUGAAGACAAUUUAAAGUUUAAUCGUUAUCAUCAUGUCGAUUGCCCUUAACUACAAAUUGAAAGAUUGUAAUAUAAUCAAUUGUCAAGAAUAAAAUAAUAGAAAUAAAAUCUAAUUUCUGAAAUGAAAA